AUGGCCUGUCAUCAGCAGCUCGAUGAGAUCCAGACUGAACUUCACUCUCAAGCUCUUGAUAACUACCACAAGCAUGCUAUUGUCUACCUUCCAGCGCUGAACUCGGCGGGCUGGCCAGAACUCCCUGUACACUGGGGCAUUGCCGACGAUGCAGAUAUUCUGUGCACCAUCGAAAGCCGUGAGGCAAUUCUCGCCUUUCCAGGGCGCAUCCUUCCUGGAACGGGUGCUCGCUUCAGUCCUGAUGGCAAAUGGAACGGCGGUGGCCCGAACAACAACCUUUUCGAGGACAUCUCCAUCGCGUUCUACAUCGCACCCGCUCUGCUGUUCCAUGGCACAUUUCAGAUCGACUCCCUCCGAGCUGCUAGACACCUGUACGCGAUCAAGAGCAUGAUCAUCGAUGAUGAGAGUCCAACUGCGUACAGUUGGGACGUACUUCCCAUCACGCAUCGUCUCUUGGAGAAGAAGCUUUCGUUUGAGCCUGGCUCACCGCUGCCUCCUCUACAGAGGCGCGCUUUUGAAGAACGUCCAUCCACACUCAUUGAGCACCCUCUUCCCAGCUGCUUUACAAAUGAAGGCUGGCCGACGACAACAGAUGCAGCUCGACAGGAGCUCACACGUCUGACUCCUACGCAUCAAGUUCGUCCUCUGCCCGUAUACGAUGAGCACAACAACCUCUUAGAUCCCUCAUACUACGAGACUGUCCUGCCUGGUGCUCUUGUCAACGUCCUGUUCAAGCUUCGCCACCAGCGCGACAAGCGUGGUCACCACUAUUUCCUCCACCAACUCGAGGAGAUCCUGAUCAUUCGACGGGGUCCUGUGACCCACUCGGUGCAGCGCUCGGGAAAGGGUGUGCCCUUGUCUGCGAGAUUUCCUCUGCCACGUCCGACACGUGCGCUGCUGAACGGCGAAGACGACCACAAGGCGUGCAGUGACAAUGGCUCAGACGGCGGUGACAGCGAUGCAACAAUGUCCGACAACGACGCAGAGUUUCCUUCAUCUAUUGUUCCUUUGUUCGCGACGCGCAAUUAG